AUGUCCGUCAAUGACCGUCGCGCCAGUUACAUGAGCGCACCACGACCCCGCGUUGCAUCGAGUCGCGCCGGCGAUGCUGAGAAGGCAGCUCUACGUAACGGAGCAUCCCCUUUGCAACCCGACAAUAUGGACCAGCUUCGCGGUAGUACGUCGAGCCAGAAGAGCAAAGUGCCCCGAGAGCAGAAUCCUACGAGCGAAAAGCGUCCAGUAAACACAAGGGAGAAGGGCCAGAUUCGGUCUAGGAAUCCAGUGAAGGAAGCAGCCGGUGCAGGAAACAGAAGCGAUUGGGAGAGGAGCCGGUCCAAGAGGGCUAGUCAGACAGAAGGCAGUCCCAAUGUCCGGAAGAAGGAAAAGGAACCUGCGGAGCUGCCAUGGAAUCCGCAAGUAUCAUUGAUUCCUCACUCCACGGCGCCCUUGGCCUGUCGCGUGUCGGUACCUCCCCUGGCCUCAGCAACGCCGCAAUCGCUGCACCCCAAAUCGCUUCGCGAGCUUUCCGCAGACGCGCAAGAGGCGGCUAUACUGGAGGAUCUACUAUUCGUCUUCAUGGGAUUUGAAGGACAAUAUAUUCAAUACCACAGCUCUUAUGACCCAUCCGUGGAGAAAGAUCGUUUAACCGGCCCCAUUUUUCAGCUGGCACCAGGAUUGGACCCAACUCUGAGGGAUUUAACCAUGUCUAUGCUGAAGAUGGCAACACACUAUAGCGCGCUAGAGGCCUUUGUGGAAAUACAGAGUCGCGCGGAGUAUGGCGCAGUUAGCCAUGCCCUGUGUGCCGUCAUCCGGAAGCUGCUAAAGGACUAUUUGAUCCUCAUCGCCCAACUCGAGAAUCAGCUGCUGCACAACCCCACAUUCACACUCCAUGUUCUUCACCUACACACCAUGCCUACGGGGCAAUGCUUAGCCCAGCUUUAUUCUCUCGGCCAAGAGCUCCUCCGGCGUAAUGGGCUUCUAGACCAAGAUCUUGACGAAUCUAUUGACGAUUUCGACGAUGUGGAUAAUAUUCUUGAACAGCUUAAAGAAGGUGGAGACCUGGUUCCUGGAGCUAUGUCAAGCAAGAGGAUAUGCAAGGGAGGAAACGUUCUUCGACUACUCACUGAACGGUUAGCGACAUUUUCGGGUGACCCAACCACCAAGACCUUGCUAGAGACUCUGCUACGUGAAGCCAGCCGCCCCUAUAUGACUAUGCUUAACGAAUGGUUACAUCACGGAGGCAUUAAGGACCCUCAUGCGGAAUUCCUGGUGAAGGAGCAGAAAUGGAUCAAGCGGGAGAAGCUUGAAGAGGACUACACAGACGAAUACUGGGAGAAGCGAUAUACGAUUCGAGACAACGAGGUUCCUCCGCAGCUAGACAGUGUGAAAGACAAGGUUCUGUUGGCUGGAAAAUAUCUCAACGUGGUUCGUGAAUGUGGCGGGGUGGAUAUCAGUAAAGCAGUCAAAGAUGUCCCCAAAACCCUUGAUGAUCCUCGGUUUUUGGAUAACGUGAACGGGGCCUACACCUAUGCCAAUGCGUCGUUACUAAACCUUCUCUUGACAAAGAACUCUUUAACCACACGUUUCCGCUCUCUCAAGCAUUACUUUUUCCUCGACCGCUCCGACUUCUUUUCUUACUUCCUCGAACUCGGUGCAUCGGAGCUGCGCAAGCCAGCGAAGAGUGUCAACGAAAACAAACUUCAAUCACUUCUUGAUCUAGUGUUACGUCAUCCAGGAAGUAUUGCAGCGCAAGAUCCGUUCAAGGAAGAUGUGAAGGUGCGAAUGAAUAAAAUUGGACUCACAAAGUGGUUGAUGCAAGUCGUGAGCGUCUCAGGUAUCGAUCAAGACAAUCCAGAAGCAGCGAUUGAGAGAUAUCAAGUGCCCACGACGCAGGGUGCGGAGGAUGAUAAGGACAUUGUUGGGUUUGAUGCUCUCGAGCUGGAUUACUCGGUUCCCUUUCCUCUUUCUCUCGUUAUUAGCCGAAAGACUGUUCUUCGGUAUCAACUUAUCUUCCGCCAUCUUCUGUCCCUUCGACACCUGGAGGGAUUGUUGGUUACUUCUUGGCUGGAUCAGACCAAGGUUCUCAGUUGGCGAAACAAAUCGUCUGACCGAAGACUGGAGAUGUGGAAGAGGCGAGCGUGGAAUCUUCGUUCGAAAAUGCUUGUGUUUGUUCAGCAGCUUUUGUACUUCUGCACAGCCGAGGUCAUUGAGCCCAACUGGCAGAAUCUGAUGGGCAGGGUAAACGGCACUGAUGCGGAUGGGUCGGAGGUGACCGUGAAUGGUACUAAACAAGUCAACAGAACUGUCGAUGAGCUGAUGCAGGACCAUGUUGAUUUCUUGGACACAUGCCUCAAAGAGUGUAUGUUGACUCAGGCGAAACUAUUAAAGAUACACUCUAAGCUGAUGACUUGCUGCACUAUGUUCGCAUCUUGGACGGCUGCCUCUUUAGCACGAGCUUUGGCUACGGCCGACCCAGAACUAUCUGGUGGUAAAGCCUCUAGCUCGGAGACAAGAGGUUAUGACCCGUCGCGAAUUGGUAAGCUAGAGGACACACUGAAAAGAUAUGAAGAUCAUUUCAGCCGCCAUUUGCGGAUCUUGAUGGACAGUCUAAACUAUUUUGCUGCGACGGAGAGUGUCGUUUUGCUUAAACUUGCCCAUGCGUUGAGUUCGAUCAGCAAAGAAGACUGA